GCAUUUUAAUCCAUAAACAUUGCAGACUCAUCAAGAGAAGGUGCUUUUAAAGUAACAGUCUUCUCACAAAAUCGAGGAAAGUGUUUGGGGAAGACAAAAGUUACGUACAUAGAUUUGAUAGACGAGGCGUUGAAACUAGCAAUCGGUUGCCCAAAAACGAUGGUGAAAUUCAUUCAGGUUGCCAUUCCAUGCCUGAAUGUAAAUUCUGAAGGAGGUACUUGCGCUGCUGAAAAUCCUACGAAUGGAGGUCCUUCUGGUUGGGAAAAAUCUUCAUUGUCAGUUCAACUCCUACAAAGGUUCAUCUACGCAGCAGCCAAAGUAAACGCUGUUUGGUUUAUUCGACUUAUCUUUGACCUACCCGCCGGACGAAUAGCAUUUGAUUCGUACAAAGGAAGACCGCUUUUACCAGAAUAUGUCGCGAGAGCACGUGGCCACAAUCAAAUCGCCGAAUACUUGAAAGAUGUGACCAAAAGAUACUCUGAAAGUGAGAGAGCAGAUGAAAAGAAGUUCAACACCAUCAAUUGGCAAGAAAUCGUUACAGCCAUUGAGGCAACACAAGAAAAUCCGAGCGCCUGUGGCGAGAUCAUCGAAACUGAAAAGAACAUAGAUAGUCAUGAAGCUCAAGGUGACGACUUGAAGUCCAGCGUUUCAUUUCAACCAGAAGAUGGAAAAGAACCGCUGCUAAGAUUUUGGUUAGGCCACUCUGCCAGAGCAUUUGAGCACUACGCAAAGCUAGCUAAAGACGCAUUCCGCGCUGUUGGAUUUGCGGAAGAACAAAUUAGUGCCAUCGCUUUGACAGCGUCUGACUCCCCCUCUUUAGAACUUCUCAUAACAAAAGAUGGUAUCAAGCAUAAGAUUCAUGUCGAUGUCAACCUUCUCGAAGGCACCAAUUCAAGUGUCGAGUCUUCGGAUUUGAAGCGGGAGCUUUAUCAGACAGCUGCAAACUUCAACGAUGUUCCAUCACAAAUGAACCUCACUGAUCCGAAGAUGAGUGGCAUUAAAGGGUGGUUUAAGAACGAGAGAGCUUUCCAAUUUCCCUGUAUUUGGCAAGUGUGCAAGUUUCUUUGGUCCCCUUUUUAUCUCCAAACUCCUUGGAAAUGCCGUGACCAGGAAGAAGGAGUUGUGUUUUUCGAAAAAAUUGGUCACCUGAAGGUGGCUUUGUUUAAGUCCGGGGGGAACACAAUCCUGUUGGCUUUGCUGUUACCUCAAAAAUUGUCAUUAUUAAAUUAAGGUCGAAAGUGAUACAUUUAGAUGUUUGCACAAGCUAACUGGGGUGGGAAAUUACAAAAAGAAUCCAGUUAGAAAAAAAAAAACAAAACAGGAAAGGUAGAUACCAAAUAUUGGAGAAAAUGUUUGGGAAAACCUCAGAUUUCUUUAAUUGCUUAGAACACUUCCAUUGAUUCUCCUUAUUCAUAACAAUAUCUAUUUUUGAGUAGAUAAAUUAGCUUGCAAAUUUAUCAACCUAACGGAUGAGAAUACAAGUUCUGGAAAUUUUGAUUUCAUAUGAAUCUGGUUCAUGCAUGGUUCCCCAAAGAUUCUUGCCACUACAAUUUCAAGUCUGCCAACCGAACGUUUUUUCCUUGCUCAUAGCAAUCCUUGCCCUCUACCCCCGGAAACAAUUCCAACUUAAGUUUUGGAUGCUCCAAGCGAAGGACCUCUCGAACAUACGCGACGGUUUGUGUGGGCAUCAUGAACUCAUUCAGAAAUGGUUUGAAAGAAUUAUCACCCAUCACACCAAACGCUCCCACGACUCCAUAAUUAUCCUUCCAACAACA